AUGGAGGCAUUAUACGCUAUCCCGUUUUCAGUGUUGGAAAUUCCCAACAUCAAAAUAAAAAAGCCAUCAUGGCUUCAGGCCCCAUCUGCAAUGACGACAUUUUCAUUGGUUUUAGUUUCAUACUUUCUGGUAACUGGAGGCAUCAUAUACGAUGUAAUCGUGGAACCGCCGAGCGUGGGUUCUACAACUGACGAACACGGCCACAGCAGGCCGGUAGCGUUUAUGCCGAACAGGGUUAAUGGACAGUAUAUAAUGGAAGGUUUAGCGUCAAGCUUUCUUUUCUCCCUCGGAGGACUUGGUUUCAUUAUAUUGGACCGCACCCACAACCCUUCAACACCAAAACUGAACCGAAUCCUGCUUAUAUCAGUGGCAUUCCUGUGUAUCCUUGUAUCCUUCUUCACAACCUGGAUUUUUAUGAGGAUGAAGUUGCCCGGCUAUUUACAGAACUAA